GAUCAGCUGAUCGGCGCACUUGUAGUUCCAUUCAUGCGGUCGCGUCGAACAGUUCCUUUCCGUGGAAUUCUUUCUCGAUUACACAAUGAGCGUUUCGAAAGUGCAGAACGGUGACUAUUGUGAUUACCGCAGUCCUUUAUCGACCCGGUACGCUUCGAAGGAGAUGCGGUACAAUUUCAGUGACCAAAAUAAAUUCAGCACGUGGCGCAAGCUCUGGAUCUACCUGGCUAAGGCUGAAAUGGAGCUCGGCCUGGCCAUCAAGCCGCAGCAGAUCGCCGAAAUGGAGUCACACGUGAACGACAUCGAUUUUGAAGCCGUCGCCAAAGAGGAAAGGGCGACGAGGCACGAUGUGAUGGCGCAUGUUCACGUUUUUAGCGAACAGUGUCCACUGGCUGCACCCAUCAUCCACCUGGGCGCGACCAGCUGUUACGUUGGUGACAAUACGGACCUCUUAAUCUUGCGCCAAGGCUUCGACAUAUUGCUGCCGAAACUGGGCAGCGUAAUUCGGCACCUCGCAAAAUUCGCUCUCGAGAAUCGCAGCUUGCCAACUUUGGGCUUCACUCAUCUUCAACCAGCGCAACUGACGACAGUCGGCAAAAGAGCAACGCUAUGGUUGCAAGACUUGUUGAUGGACGAAAGGGCCAUUCGUCGCGCCAGAAACGAUCUCAGAUUCCGUGGAGUCAAGGGCACUACUGGCACCCAAGCGUCUUUCCUUCAGCUAUUCAACGGUGAUGCGGAGAAGGUGAGGCGAUUAGAUGAUCUUGUCACUAAGAUGGCUGGCUUCGAAAAGCAUUAUGCUGUUACCGGACAGACUUACAGUAGAAAAGUCGAUAUAGAAUGCUUGAACGCCUUGAGUUCACUCGGCGCGACCGUCCACAAGAUUUGCACGGACAUUCGUCUUCUCGCGAACAUGAAGGAAAUCGAAGAGCCCUUCGAAAGUACGCAGAUAGGCUCGAGCGCGAUGCCGUACAAACGCAAUCCAAUGCGCUCCGAGAGAUGCUGCAGCGUGGCACGUCACCUGAUGACGCUGGUCAACAACGUCCUCAAUACUGCGGCGACCCAGUGGAUGGAACGAACGUUGGACGACUCAGCGAAUCGUCGGAUCACCUUGUCGGAGGCUUUCCUCUCGGCCGAUACAAUCCUGAUGACUCUUCAAAAUAUUACGCAAGGAUUGAUCGUUUACCCCAAAGUCAUCGCCAGACAUGUGGCGCAAGAGUUACCCUUCAUGUCCACUGAGAAUGUGAUAAUGGCCAUGGUGAAAGCUGGCGGCGACAGGCAGGUCUGUCAUGAAAAAAUUCGCGUGUUAUCGCACGAAGCCGGAGCCCAAGUGAAGCAACAUGGCUUGGAUAACGAUCUGGUUGAUAGGAUCAGAAAAGAUUCAUAUUUUGCGCCAAUCUUACCUCAACUGGAUGAUUUGCUCAACCCAGCGACUUUCGUCGGUAGGGCGCCUGAGCAAGUCGUCGAGUUCCUCGAAGAAGAAGUGUAUCCUAUGCUCGAGAAUUAUAAGGAAAUAGAAAGCGAGACUGUCGAACUCAGUAUUUGAAUCCUUGAAGAUAAAUAUUUGAAUAUUUGAAUCCUUGAAGAAGAAAUUUAAUAGUUUUGUAGAAAUCUCUUCAAGAGUAUCUUCCAAAGAAACUUUUAUACGAUGUUAUCAAAUUAUUAUUUAGAAUAGAGAGUACAGUUGGAAUAUUUUUUAUAAUGAAAAAUUAUAAAAAAUUAUGCGCAUAAAGACACAUUUUAUUCAUUGUUAACAUUUCUUACAUUGAUAAAAUAACUUGUAAAAAAAUAAAUCGCACUGUUCGCCGUAGAUGCGCGCACGCGUUCUCUAUUGUCGUCUGUAAUAUUCC